UCUGAUGGCAGGAUGGCGGAGGUAGGGGGACCGGAGUCCGCCGCGGCCCGGUGCCCGGACGAGUCAUCGGACAGCGAACCGGAGCAGGAGCCCGGAACCCCGCAGAAACUCAUCCGAAAAGUGUCAACGUCCGGCCAGAUCCGCAGCAAGACUGUGUUGAAGGAGGGCAACCUAAUGAAACAAACCAACUCGUUCCAGCGCUGGAAGAGACGAUACUUCAAACUGAGAGGGAGGACUCUGUACUACGCUCAGACUGCUAAGUCGAUAAUCUUUGAUGAAGUGGAUCUGACUGAUGCCAGCGUCGCUGAGUCUAGCACCAAGAACGUCAACAACAGCUUCACCGUCAUCACCCCCUGUAGACGUCUGAUUCUGUGUGCAGACAACAGGAAGGAGAUGGAGGAGUGGAUGGCAGCGCUGCGCAGCGUCCAGAACAGACAAAACUAUGAGUCUACCCAGUACAGCAUGGACCACUUCAGUGGGAUGCACAACUGGUACGCUUGUUCUCACGCCAGACCGACAUACUGUAACGUCUGCAGAGAGGCUUUGUCAGGAGUGACAUCACACGGCCUGUCCUGCGAAGUGUGUAAAUUUAAGGCCCAUAAACGCUGUGCAGUCAGAGCCACCAACAACUGUAAAUGGACCACACUGGCUUCUAUCGGGAAGGACAUCAUUGAGGACGAGGACGGGGUGUCGAUGCCUCAUCAGUGGUUAGAGGGGAAUCUCCCAGUCUCGGCUAAAUGUAACAUCUGUGAUAAAACGUGCGGCAGCGUCCUCCGUCUGCAGGACUGGAGGUGUCUCUGGUGUAAAGCCAUGGUGCACUCGAGCUGUAAGGAGCAGCUGUCCUCCAAGUGUCCUCUGGGCCAGUGUAAAGUGUCCGUCAUCCCUCCAACUGCACUCAACAGCAUCGACUCUGACGGCUUCUGGAAGGCGUCGUGUCCCCCGUCCUGCACCAGUCCUCUGCUGGUCUUUGUCAACUCUAAAAGUGGAGACAAUCAGGGUGUCAAGUUCCUGCGACGCUUCAAACAGCUGCUGAACCCGGCGCAGGUAUUUGACCUGAUGAACGGAGGACCACACCUGGGGCUGCGGCUGUUCCAGAAGUUUGAUACGUUCAGGAUCCUGGUGUGUGGAGGAGAUGGCAGCGUCGGGUGGGUUUUGUCAGAGAUCGACGCUUUAACGCUGCACAAGCAGUGUCAGCUGGGUGUUCUUCCUCUGGGGACCGGGAAUGAUCUGGCCCGGGUUCUGGGCUGGGGUUCAGCCUGUGACGACGACACUCAGCUGCCUCAGAUACUGGAGAAACUGGAGAGAGCCAGCACCAAGAUGUUAGACAGGUGGAGCAUCAUGGUUUACGAGACCAAGUUUCCACGGCAACACUCUGCCUCCACCGUCACAGAGGACUGCAGCGAAGACUCAGAGGUUCAGCAGAUUCAGACAUAUGAGGACUCAGUGGCUGCUCACCUGUCCAAGAUCCUGACCUCAGACCAGCACUCUGUCGUAAUCUCCUCCGCCAAGGUUCUGUGUGAGACGGUGAAGGACUUUGUGGCUCGUGUUGGUAAGGCUUACGAGAAGAACACAGAGAGUUCAGAGGAGUCGGAGGCCAUGGCCAAGAAGUGUGGCGUCCUGAAGGAGAAACUGGACUCUCUGUUGAAGACUCUGAACGAGGAGUCCCAGGCCUCCACCGUCCUCCCCUCAGUGCCUCCCCCCACCAUCGCUGAGGAGCAGGAGGAGGUUGAGGGAGUCAUACUUCCUCCCCCUCUCCAUCAUCCUCCUCCUCCUCUUCAUGCCCUGACCAGCUCCGCCCCCUGCUCCCCGCGUACCAACACCUCCUCUUCGUCUGCGGCCACAGCCAUCUUUAAGCCCAGGGAGCAGCUGAUGCUGAGAGCCAACAGUCUGAAGAAAGCCAUCAGACAGAUCAUCGAGCACACUGAGAAAGCUGUGGACGAGCAGAACGCACAGACUCAGCAGCAGCAGCAGGUGUUCUCUCUCAGUCGAGCUGAGGAAGAGGACGGUCUGGUAGAGGAGGACGAGGAGGAGGAGCUGGAGGAGGAUAAGAUGUCUCUGCACUCGUCCUACAGCACCAAACACCGCAACACACGCAGAGUCAGUAAGACGCCCUGUGAGAAGCUGAUCAGUAAAGGCAGUCUGUCAUUGGGCAGCUCUGCGUCACUUCCUAUCCAGACAGGAAGCAGGGAGAACAUGCCCAUGCUCAACACAAAGAUCCUCUAUCCUGGUCUCAGAGCAGGUAUCUCAGGCUCUUUGUCCAGCAGCUCUGUGAUCAGCCGACUGUUGGUGAACGCCGACCCGUUCAGCUGUGACCCUGAUAACAUGGACUGCUACACUGAGAAAUGUGUCAUGAACAACUACUUUGGUAUCGGACUAGACGCUAAAAUCUCUCUGGACUUCAACAACAAGAGAGACGAACAUCCAGAGAAGUGCAGGAGUCGGACUAAGAACAUGAUGUGGUACGGCGUUCUGGGAACCAAAGAGCUGCUACACAGAACCUACAAGAACCUGGAACAAAGAGUUUUACUGGAGUGUGAUGGGCGUCCCAUCCCUCUCCCUAGUCUGCAGGGUAUUGCAGUGUUGAACAUCCCGAGUUACGCAGGAGGAACCAACUUCUGGGGAGGGACAAAAGAGGACGAUACGUUCACUGCUCCUUCCUUUGACGAUAAGAUUCUGGAGGUGGUGGCGGUGUUUGGCAGUAUGCAGAUGGCCGUGUCCCGAGUCAUCAACCUGCAGCACCACCGCAUCGCACAGUGUCGGAUGGUGAAGAUCACCAUUUUGGGAGAUGAAGGCGUCCCGGUUCAGGUGGACGGGGAGGCGUGGAUCCAACCUCCAGGUUACAUCAAGAUCAUCCACAAAAACCGAACCCAGACCCUGACCAGAGACAGAGCAUUUGAGAGCACCCUGAAGUCGUGGGAGGACAAACAGAAGUGUGAGUUUCCACGGACUCCCCCUCCUCAGCCCCCUCAGCCCCCCCUGUCCUCUCAGCCAGAGAUUGUCUCUGAGGAAGACGCCUCACUUGUCAGCGAGUUCGGUCAGGCAGCAGGAGCUCUCAUACACAGUAUCCGUGAGGUCGCUCAGUCUCACCACAGUAUGGAACAGGAACUGGCUCAUGCUGUCAACGCCAGCUCAAAGGCCAUGGACGUGGUCUAUGCCAACUCCAAGAGCUCCGGGGCUCUGAGCUGCAGUGUGGUGGUUCACAUGGUCAGUAACGUCAAAGCUUUACUCAGUGAGACUGAGCUGCUCCUGGCUGGAAAGAUGUCCAUGCAGUUGGAUCCUCCUCAGCAGGAGCAGUUGAAUGCAGCUCUGAACUCUGUGGCUCAGCAACUCCGUCGUCUGGCUGAUGUUCCCUGGUUGUGUCCCGUCAUCGACCCCUCAGACCACGAGGGUCCUCUGACGGACUUCUCUAAGCGUAGUCGCAGUGCUAAGUUUCGUCUCGUCCCAAAGUUCAAGAAAGACAAAAACAACAAGAACAAGGAGACUUGUGCGACUCUCUCACUGCCAGUUCACCAGUGGGGGACGGAGGAGGUGGGGGCGUGGCUGGACUUCCUCUGUCUCACCGAGUAUAAGGACAUCUUUAUCGGACACGACGUCCGCGGAGCCGAGCUCAUACACCUGGAGAGGAGGGACCUGAAGGACCUGGGAGUGACAAAGGUGGGUCAUAUGAAGAGGAUCCUGCAGGGCAUAAGAGAGCUGAACAGGAACAGCAGUGCCAGCGAGGCCUGACUGCUGCCAGAGACCACUGCCUGCUCUCCUCCUACCUCUGCUGCUAUUGACCACCUCAUCAACCUGGACCAGGACCCAGACUGGGACACAGUUUGUCUCAAUGAGUGCCGGUUCUCAAACAAACUUCCUCACAGUGAGACCACCUGAGAAACAAAUCACCAAUCAUACGAUCCGCUAGUGCCUUGUCAUCUCACUCACCGACCAAUCAGCAUCCAGGAUGUGGAAGUUGAGGGUGUAGGUGUUCUGCCUACAGAAGACCAGAGCCAUAUACAGACAGAGCUGAGCCAAUGGAGAGAGAGAGACAAUGUGGCUGACAGAUCAGCUCAGGUCUGGCAUCAGUGACUGGUCCUUGUACAAUGUAAAAACAUCUCCAUCUUAACAGCUCCUUCACCAGUGAGUCACAGCAGCUCACUUUGUAUUUUUAUUACAAACCUCUCUCCCUGAUGUUGAUGAUGAUGAUGUUGGGGGGGGGGCAAUCCAUUAAAUGCACAUCCUGUGGCCUCAGCCUGACAGAGCUUAACCAGCUUUUCCAGAUCAGAAAAGCUGGUUAAGAUCUGUUGUCCUGAUUAUUCUCUGGACUGUGGGUUAGUGCUCUGGACCAGGACCACUCAGAAGAAACUGCUCUGAGAACAGCUGUAGUUUCUCUCCUAAAGCAAAGAGUCACACUGAACGUCUUUAAGAUGGAGCAGUUUUCUGUAGUACACGUCAGUGUGACGCACUUCAUCAUUACCUCAGUAAAAUGUAAUGUUAUGACAUCAGAGUGAUGUGAACCACCUGAGUUUAGUGACACUGAAGGUUCCACAUGGUAAGAGACAUCUGUGUCUCUAACAUGUCAGGGGUGAUAUGAUUCCAGCUGGUCCCAGGAUUCAUUUGUUCAUCCAUGAAAAACAACUGUCAAACAUUAUUCGUUCAUUGACAGUCUGUUGAUCUUCCUGUUUUCACAGUCACAGACUUCAUCAGGUUCUUUUAACAAACGCUGAAAACAGCAGGUUUACGUUCACAUCAACAUUAAGAUUUUAGGAAGAACUUUUAAGAAGAAGAUUUUUAAGAACCAGUGACUCAUUAAGUUAGGGAUUUUUUACAGCCUGAAAACCUUCAGCAGAGUCUCUGAGACUUCUGGACAGUUUAUCACACAGGGACUAAAAGCUGAUCCUGGAUCCAGCAGAGUCGGGUCGACCAGGCUCCGUCUGUUGUGAUCUGGGCCAAAUAUGAGACGGACCUGACCCAAGUCUCGAUGCCAGAUUUGGCCCAAUUCCUGGACACGUGGACGAUACCGGAUCAGGCCUGAGGACCAGCUCCAGGAUUCAGGUGCAUCAUCACAUCGGUCACAAGUCCAACAUGACUCUGGAAACCACACGUGCCAGAUCUAAGCCCUGUUGUGCCAGUCAGUUUCAGAUCUCUGCGACCUACCUGCUCACCUCACCAGCCGACAAAUCAGAACCUCCUCUGGUCCCUGACAUGUUGGACCAGGAAGCAGCAGAACCCUUUAAAUCUUUUGACAAUUCAGCUGCUUUAGAGGAAAAUUUACUAGACCAGUUUAAUGUCCCCAGUCUGGGACACCUGAUGGGACGGACACCUGAGGGUUUUUGAGUUAUGGUCCUUCCUGCACACCUGGUAAAUGCAGGAUCACCCAGCAGACUGAAGGACUGAAGUUUGAACUAAAGUCCAUAUUUAUUUCUUCUAUAAAGUUUAGUUGAUAUUUAGAGUUCAGUCCUUGAAAAAGAGGAAGUGAUAUAAUUGACGAGGAGGCGUCAGGAGAGACGCUCCUGAACCAAUCGGGUGGUCUGAUGGAGUCUCUGCAGGGACAAUCAAGUCAGCCAUGAAACGAGCUGCAUUUCCUGUCUGAGGAUGUUUCCGUCUGUCUGUCUGUCUGUCUGUCUGUCUGUCUGUCUGUCUGUCUGUCUGUCUGUCUGUCUGUCUGUCUGUCUGUCUGUCUGUCUGUCUGUCUGUCUGUCUGUCUGUCUGUCUGUCUGUCUGUCUGUCUGUCUGUCUGUCUGUCUGUCUGUCUGGUCUUGUCUUGUCUUGUCUUGUCUUGUCUUGUCUUGUCUUGUCUUGUCUUGUCUCUCUCUCUCUCUUUCUGUCUCUCUCUCUGUCUGCUUUCUGUCUGUCUGUCUCUCUCUCCCCCUCUGUCUGACUCUCUGUCUCUGUCUCUCUCUCUGUCUGCUUUCUGUCUGUCUGUCUCUCUCUCCCCCUCUGUCUGACUCUCUGUCUCUGUCUCUCUCUCUGUCUGCUUUCUGUCUGUCUCUCUCUCCCUCCCCCUCUGUCUGACUCUCUGUCUCUCUCUCUCUCGGUUUGUUAUCUGGUGUUGCGUUUGUGUCUCAACAAGACCUUUAAACCAUCAGUUUAGGGUCCAGAUGAGUCAGAGUCCGGAUGUUUCAGGAUUCAGAUGUUGUUGGUGUUUAAACCUCGUUCAGUCGGUUGGAGUGAAGCUUUUUGUCAGAUUUAUCUUUGUUGAGAUGAACCAGACUAAACCAUGGACCUGGACAUUGAUCUGGGUCUGAACCUUAAUUCCAGCUGAUAUAAGUUGGAUAAUGUGGACAGAAGACUCAGCGGUGACAGUUAAUGAGUCUUUUAUCCAGUGAAUUCCUGCUGCUGGUUUCUGGUUUUCCUUUCAGACCAAAUGAGCAGUUUCUCUGAUUGAAAAGCUGGCUGAUGUUUUCCUGGACACGAAGUCUGGAAACUGGUAUUCCAGCCUGAUCCUGUUCAGUGAGCACAGCAGUCUCACAACCAGAGACACUAAGUAGAUGUCAGUCUUCUGUGUUGUGUUGUAAUGUCAUAACAACAUAUUCAUUCAAUAGUUUUCUUGGAGGUGACUCCUCUGCAGUGAAACCCUGUGAUGUGAAUUGCAUUCAAAUGUUCACAGGAAGCUUGGGACCUUCAUCAGCAGCUGGUUCCAGGUCAGUUUGAACUGAGGUGAAACAAACCGCUGUGGUCAGCUGACAUUCCUCCUCCUUUAAACAUGUAACUUACAGAUUUUGAUGAAACCACAAUCAAUGAGACGAUGCCUUAAAUUUCCCAUCGAUCACAUAUCUGCCAGUCAGACCUCAGCUUCACUCUGCUCAGUGUCAAACAGGAAAUAUAUUUUAUUACUGAAUAAACAGUUGCUGCCUUAAGUCGCUUUGCCUCACGACAUAACUCACUGUGUUUGACUGAAACUGACAUCGUAAUGAUUUUAGUUCAAGUUUAAUUCAAGUGGUUGGAUUUCAGUUUUAUUAGUUUAUAAUGUGGCAAACAUCAAAACUGGUUGAACAAGUUAUCUUGAUCAUGUCGUGUGUGUAUCUCCAUCACGUGUAAACAGGCUAAUAAUCUAAGUUCACAUCAUGGAUCAAGAUAUAUACAUCUUGUUUUUACAUGUUUGUAUCUUGUUCACAGAAGAUUCAUAUCCUGUAAAGUUAUUACCUAAAAUGUAGGAGCUCGGAGGCUCAGAGAGAAGCUGAUAUUUAGUUUUAGAAACAGCUGUAUGAUCUUCACUCUGCGAACAGAUGUGUCACUGCAGCAGCAGCGUGACUGCUCUACCUUAACAGACUGUGCAGGUGUUUGACAAAUGUAAUAGAGUUCAGAUUGUGUAGCGAUAUAACUUGUAGUGUGCUAACAUCUGUUAGCUUCCCACAGCAUUAUGCUGCAGUCAGACCAUAUUUACGUUUCUGACCAAUAACAGAUGUGUCAGUGAAACACAUCGGUGCCUUGCUUGAGGCAACUAUCUGUUUGUCCCACAUGUUAAACAUCCAGUAAACUGUUGUUUCUGAUCCAUCCUGUCUAUUUAUUAGAUAAUUUAUGCAUUAACAAUGAUACUGUAAGCUGUCAUACCUCUGUUUGUACAUACGCCCCCUGCAGGGCCGUCAGUGUAAAUACAUUCUGUCUUGUACAGAAAUAAACAUACAAAAUCUGUAAGAAAUAAAGUCGAUUUCUCCACUGUUGA